AUGUCAUGUCAAUUCAAUAAUACUAUGAUCAAGAUCUUUUUUACUAUGCUUUUGGCUCUAUUCGUUUCACAAAUAGAUGCCCAAAAUGACUCAGUAAUAGUUGUUGAUGCAAACGCUACAGAAACUACUGUAUUGAAUAACAAUCAAACGGCAACAGUCAUAGAAAUGAAUAAUCAUAGUAUUACAACAGCAACUACACCUCUUGAAACCAGUGAUGAAAUGGUAACUAAUGCGACCAACGUUGAUACCACAGGAACAGUAAUGAUUGAUAUCAGCAAUAUAACAAAUCCAUUGAUAGAUACCAAUAACACUGUAACAGAUGUCGUUGCAGACAAUAGCAGUACAACAGGAAUAACUCUUGAAUCGACCGAUUUUACGUCUGAUACAACGGUUUUAGAAAGCUCAACAAUGCCUACAGAUGAGUCAACAGAUACAACUAUAAUUAGUGUACUGACAGAUCCUACUACUCGUGUAAACUCAACAAUAGCAACAACAACAAUAGCAACAACAACAGUAGCAACAACAACAGUAGCAACAACAACAACAACAGUAGCAACCACUAUUAGUAGUAGUACUACUACAUCGAUAAUAACGAAUCAUGGUAUUUGUUUUUAUCCAAAUAUUUUACUUUCUAUUGUUAUUAUUUCUUUGUUUGUUAUCUUUUAA